GCCUUGUUCACUUCCAUUGUUUGCAGGCAGCGGGCAGCUGCUGGUUCCGUGUCUCGAUCCCCUCAACACUGCAGUGCGCCGAUUACAGCAAGGGAGGUGUUCGCUGCCGAGGAAAGCACGCUGGAGCAUAACCUUUCCGCAUCCCUCUUUCCAAGACGACAAGAUGCCGUCGGCAACCAUCGACAGCCACGGCAUCUCGGGCGUUGUCGCUGUUGGCACCUUCUUGGACAAGCUGCUCGCGCGAGCUGAAUCCGUCAAGCAAACGGCGUCGAUAGAGCCGCCCCUUGAAAAGUCCCACUUUGACGAUCUUCGGCGGCAACUAAGUGAUGCGCUCGGAUACGAUGUGACAGCGGAAGACCCUGCCGACGCGAAAAGAACGCAGCGCUUUGCCGUGAUCGAGACCGCCGUGCGUGACACCUUCAAGUCCGUGAUCGCUACGACACCGAUUGAGUCUCCCGCGUUUGUAACGGUCUGGAACCUCUUCGACAUCCUCUCCUUCCUCUCUGACUCGGAGCUCUGCGACCCCGCCCUGCUCUUCUGGCUGGUCGAGGAGCUGCUGGACAGCCAGACCAUUGCCGGCUGCCGCAAGGUCUUCGACUUUCUCGAAUCGCGUCGCGAACGCAUUACUGCCAAGCACUUCAAGCAGAAGCAGCUCGUCAUUCUCCGCACCUGCAACGAGCUCCUCCGGCGCUUGUCCAGAGCCCUCGACCCGGCCUUUUGCGGCAGGGUUUUCAUUUUCAUGUUCCAGAGCUUCCCCCUGGGAGACAAAAGCUCUGUUAACCUCAGAGGAGAGUACCACGUUGAAAAUGUCACUACUUGGGAUCAGGAGGCCCCAGUCGCGGACGGGGAGAAGAUGGAUGUGGACACGGAUGCGAAACCACAGAAGGACAAGGCUCUAGAUCCAGAUGCCCUUUAUCCCAUCUUCUGGUCUCUGCAAGAGAGCUUCAACCAACCGAAGAAGCUGUUCGACUCCGGCCAGUUUGCCGCCUUCAAAGCUGGUCUUGAAGCAACCAUGGCAACGUUCCGCAGCAUUAAACCAGAACAGCCGUCACGAGCCAAAGAAAAGCAAGACAGGCCGGUCGAAGAGAUGAACCACAGCCUCAAGAGGAAGCGAGAUGACGUUGACGACGAGCUUGCGAGCGGGUUCAACCCGAAGUACCUCACUAGCCGAGAUUUGUUCAAGCUCGAGAUCAGCGACCUGGCGUUUCGCCGGAACGUGCUUGUCCAAGCACUGAUAAUCAUGGACUUUCUUCUUUCUCUCUCGCCCAAGGCCAAGGAGAAAUUGGCGAGCGUCAAGGCUCCGAACAAGUCGGUGACAUACUCGGACCAGCAGCUGAGCGAAGAAGAUACGAAGUGGGCAACAGAGAUGAAGGAAGCGAUUGUUGAUUACCUGAAGCAAGGUGUAGAAGGGCCGUAUUUCAACCGGAUGGUUGAAACGGUUCUCUCCAGAGACAAAAACUGGGUCCGGUGGAAGAUCGAGAACUGUCCCUCGAUUGAGCUGCCAACCAUGUCUCCUGAGAUGUUUGUCGAGGCCAGGGCUACAGUAACUAAGAUAGCGACGACAAAACGGCUGCGGGCGGCCCCGCUAGGGUCGCUUUCCCUGGACUUCCUCGACGACGAGGACGAAAACAGUGCCAUGGAAAGACUAAAGGAUCCAGAGCGAUACAGCUCUCCCGAUCUCAGCAGCUUCAGAAAGGGCAUUGCCGAUGACGACUUUGAGAUCGAGAUGCCCACCAACGACGAGACCAAAGCCAGCGCGAUAGAAGGGAAGGCUAGCAAAACGUGGAGAGCACUGAGGCUAGCCAGUAAAUCCAAGUUGGCCAGCUUCGACAAGGUCGAUGACGACGACAAGAUCGACAUCAUCUUUGAAGAGAAGGCCGCGCAAGAGACCGAGGAUGUCGAGGAGGAUGUAUCGAAUGGGGAUACAAUCUUUCCCGAGGAUCGCAGGGCAGUCGUCAUUGUCGACGCUACAAGCAGUCCGAAGUCGAGAUCUGAACUCAUAGCACAAUUCAUCGCUCAGCAUCCUAAGGUCUUCACCAAAGUCGCUACCCACGUCACGCGGCAGCCGCUAGAAGGGGAGGUCAACGGGCAGGACUACCACUUUGUCGACACCCAGACAUUCAAUAUGAUGCGAGACGGGGACCAGUUCCUCGAGUUCGGCGAGGAAGGUGACGACGCCCAUGGCACGAGCAGGAAAGUGCUUGAAGGUAUCAUGGACAACGACAGGGUGCCAGUCAUGGGAAUGACUCGUGACGGCGCGCAACAGGUUAGAGACAAUGGUUUCGACGCUAGGUUCAUCUUGGUUGGGACAACCGAAGCCGCGGCGAACACGGAGUCGCGGGAUGACUUUUACGACACAGUAGUCAGCGAUUUGCAGUCGUUAGAAGCGGCGGUAUUUGGAGCACCGGCAGCGACGUCAGGAAACGUGGAUGUGUCGAUGACGGAUGGAGCGGCCGCAUCAUGAAAAGACCAUUGGGGAAAGCUUCUGACGUCUUCCAAAUGCAUGUUGUUUUAUAGCACCAAAAAAAAAAAAAAAAAAAAAAA